AUGCAACAAAUAGAAUAGAGAGGAGAUUAUAUUAUAAAAACUAGUGAUUUGUUAGGAUAGGGUUCAUUUGGACGUGUUCUUAAAUGUUAUAAAAACAUUAAUCAGGAUGUAUUAUAUUGUAUGAAGAUUCUAAUGAAACCUAAUAUUUCUGAAAAAAAAAUAAGAAAUACAUUAGAAGCUGAAUUAAAAAUAUAUAAGUAGUUAAAAGAUAUAUACUCUAAUAAUUUAGUUAAAUUAUUAGAUCAUAUAGAAACAGAUAAUGAAUUUUGUUUUGUUAUGGAAUUAUGUGAUGAUGAUCUAGAUAAAUUAUUUUCAAAAUAUAAAAAAAAUAAUAAUUGGUUUAAUAGAUAAGAAUAAUUUGAUAUGAUUAGAUAAAUCCUCAAAGGAGCUUAAAUUUUGAGAAAAAAAAAAAUUGUUCACAGAGAUAUUAAACCAUAAAACAUACUUGUAAAGGUUUUAAAUCCAAAUUAAAUAGAUCAGAAAAGAAUCUUUAAGGUAGACUUAGAAGAUUUAUUUUUAGUUAGCUGAUUUUGGAUUUUCAAAAAGUUUAAAUGAUAUUUAUGAACAAUAAGACAUGACUAGAGUAGGUACCUAUAAUUACUUGGCUCCUGAAAUCUAUUAUAAAGAUUAGUUUUCUGGAAAGUGUGAUAUUUAUUCUUAUGGAAUUUUAUUUCAUUAAAUAUUGUUUUAUAGAAGAUACCCCGGAUAAUAUAGCAAUAAAGAAUAAUUACAUCAUUUUUUUUAGAGAAUUAAAGAGGAUCCAUAUAAAUGUGAAAUUUUAGAUGACUAAGAUGGAAAAUUAGUGGCUGAUCUAAUUGAGAAAAUGAUACUCUAUGAUUAGAAUAAGAGAAUUUCGUUUGAAGAUUUAUUCCAAUAUCAAAUUAUUUUAUUAAAGGAUCCAUUAUUUUAACCAAUGUUUUAAAUAAAUAAAUUUUAAAAAAUUGAUGAAGAUAAUCAACGAAUAUUUUAAAGAAUUUAUACUAUUUUAGAUAAUUUAUAUAGAAAAAGUAUGCUUUGUAAAAAAAUAGCAGAAGAAUUUAGCAAAUUUAAUUAAUAAGAUAAUAUAAAUAUACUAAAAAUUUAAUAUAUUAUUAAAUAGAUUGGUUUUUAUGAAAUUAAACUUGGAUUUGCAAUGAUACAUCAGAUUAUAUCAGACUUUUUACCUAUAAUUUUUGAACUUUGUGAUGUCCCUCAUUUUAUAAGUUUGUUAAAGUUGUAUUUUAAAGAAAAUAAUCCUUAAAAAAUAGAACUUAGUUAGAAAAUAAGGAUUGAAUUUUAUAGUUAAUAAAAGACUCUUACAAAAGAUAUUAGUGAUAUAAAAUUCAAGAUAUAUCAUCAAUAAAAGUAAUAAAAUAUUUCAAAUAUAACAAAAGAUGAUCAUAUAUUUUCUUUAGAAACUUUAAUUGAAAAAUAAUAAAUUGAAGUUCUAUGUGAAUAAUUACAGAAUAUGAUUGAUACUAAAUAGACUUGUGAAAUAAUAAAUAAUUAUGAUAUGUAAAUAAUAAAUAUUGAAAUAGUGAUUUUCUAAAAAAAAUCAAGUAAAUUCCAACAAUAGAAAGUAGAUUUGAUUUUUUUGAAUAUAAACUCUAUGAAUCAGAUUAAAUAUUCAAAUUGUGA